CUCUUGCUGCUGCAGCUGCUGCAGUCAUGGCUGCUGACGGGGUGGACGAGCGUUCGCCUCUGCUGUCAGCAUCCCACUCGGGAAAUGUCACUCCCACAGCCCCGCCUUACUUGCAAGAAAGCAGCCCAAGAGCUGAACUGCCUCCUCCGUACACCGCCAUCGCCAGUCCAGGGACCAGUGGUGUUCCUGUAAUCAACUGUCGCAUGUGCCAAUCGCUAAUCAACUUGGACGGUAAACUUCACCAGCAUGUGGUUAAGUGCACGGUUUGCAAUGAAGCUACGCCAAUCAAAACCCCCCCGACAGGGAAGAAAUAUGUUAGAUGCCCUUGUAAUUGUCUCCUCAUAUGUAAGGACACAUCUCGGCGAAUAGGAUGCCCGAGACCCAACUGUCGACGCAUAAUUAACCUUGGCCCUGUAAUGCUCAUUUGUGAGGAACAGCCCAUCCAGCCUGCAGUGCCAGUCCAGCCAGAAGGUACAAGGGUGGUGUGUAGGCACUGCGGAAACACAUUCCUGUGGAUGGAACUGAGGUUCAACACUCUGGCAAAAUGUUCACACUGCAAAAAAAUCUCUUCGGUUGGUAGUGCACUUCCCCGGAGACGCUGCUGUGCCUAUAUCACCAUUGGAAUGAUACGUAUUUUCAUUGGAGUUGGAUUAACGGUUGGCACACAAGACUUUUCGAGGCGAUUUCAUGCAACCUACGUGUCUUGGGCAGUUGCUUAUCUCUUAGGUUUGAUUUGCCUUAUCCAAGCUUGUUACUGGGGUGCAAUAAGAGUCAGUUAUCCAGAACACAGUUUUGCUUAAAUCAACCCCGAA